AGUUAGUAUUAAAAAGGAAGCAAAAAAAAAAUAAGAAACCUUCGAAUGGUAAAAUAUUUACAGGAGUGCCAUUAUGGCGACACGUCAGACAAAUAUAGCUUCUCAGACUCCUUUUAAAAACAUCCACAAUCAUCCUAGAAAUUUACUAUUAUUGCCAUUGGACAGACAUUUCAUAUUUGUAUCUUGAUUUCUUAAGACAAGAAUGUCAUUUCGUCAAAGCUGUAUACAUUGUAUAUAACAUACUUUGAUAUAGUUUGAUAUAGUAUAUUGCUCUUUCUUUGCCGUCUUUAUAUAGUUUGAUAUAGUAUAUUGAUCGUGUCUCUAUUAUGACUCAUUUGGAAUAAUCACAUACCAAGAAUCUCCUACCUCCUACCUCCUAUCUCCAUUUGAUAUUAUUUUUUUCUCAGCUAUGAUUUUAAAUAUACCCGUAAAAUUGGAGUUGUAUUUUUUUAUUCUAUUCAAAUGUUAUUAUGAUCAUUUGUAUUUACUAAAACAAACAAAAUUAGUAAAUACCAAAAAAUUAGUAAAUACCAAAAUUAUUUCCACCAAUGAAGAUCCUAUAAAUUAAAUUCGUUGCCGGUCAAAAAUAUUGAAAUAAAAUAUGGGUUAUGGGAGUUGAAAAUCAUAAUUUCUAUAUAAAAUAUAUGCAAAAUAUGGGUUCAUUUCAUCAAUUCAUAAUCAAUAUUUGGAAGUUUAUGAUGUUUGAAAUAUUGUUUAAAAUAAAAAAUUUUAUGCGUUUGUAAUUUAGUAUAUAAAUUAGUGUUAUUUUUGGAAAUAUGGUGAUCUCAAACGCAAAUUAAGGUAUUUAUUUUGGUCAAUAUCAUAGUAAAUUUGGAAAUACUUUAUUGCGAUUAUACAAAUUUCAAAGAUUUCUACGAUUAAUGAUGAUUGCCGUGAAUAAUAAUACCUCCUCAAUCAUUAUAUCAAAAAUGGAAUCCUUUAUUUUCAAGUUUAAUAUUAACCUAAAAUAGUCUUAUGCGGUAUUUAUUAACUUCCUAAAAGUAAUACAUUUGAAUAUAUCUAAACUUUCAAAUUGCCAAUUAGUAUGAUCAUAAGUAUAUUUUGCGUAUCUCUCAAAUUUAUGCCGGAAUAAAUUGAAACUUAUAUAAAUAAAGGAGAUGGCCGUGUUUUAACGAUAUAGUUGUCUCUCUAUUUCUUUCUCUCUAACUUUCUGUGACUUUCGAUACUUAAAACUUCAAAUGGCCGGUUUAGAUUUUGUUGGCGAUUUGAAGCCGUUCAAGUCGAUGUGGAAAAUUCGUGUUAAGGUGAUUCGUCUUUGGAAGCAGUAUUCUUGUGCUCUGGGAGAAACAAUGGAAAUGGUGUUAGCUGAUUCAAAAGGCGAUAUGAUCCAUGGUACUGUGAAGAAAGAAUUGGUCAGCCAGUUCGUGACCUUAAUCAGUCAAGGUGAAACGAAGUUGAUGGUGAAUUUCAUCGUCACAGUGGCUGCUGGAUCUUAUCUCCCCACAAAGCACCCUUACCGAAUUGUGUUCCUCCCGACAACUCGGCUAAGAAUGUGUGAUGCUUUGCCUUCAAACUUGACUGGUUUAGACCCGGUCAAGUAUGAGUCUAUUAAGGAUGGUAGUCUGAACAUGGACUACUUGGUUGAUGUAAUUGGCCAAAUUGUUGAGGUAUCUCAUGUGAAAGUUGUUUUCGUGAAUGGAAAAGAUACACAGAAGUUGUCAUUGGAAUUAAGGAAUCACGAUGAUGAUCGUCUGCUGAUGGUGCUGUGGGGUAAGUUUGCUACAGAUGUCAAUGAUGCUAUCCAGCUAAGAGGUGAACAUAUGAUCAUUUGUGUGUUGCGUUUCGGCAAAAUAAAAGUCUGGAAAGAUGAACGUUCCAUCUCUAAUGCAUACAAUGUUUCCGAUGUUGCUUUGAAUCCUAAUUUGGAGGAGGUUCAAGCGUUCAUUUGAAUUGUUGCCUAAGGACGAUAUGACCUUGGCCAUUGUCGACCCUAAGCAUCUUGCAUUAGCUAAUGGUGUUUCUGACAAGGAUGAUUUCUUUAUCCAUACCCCCACGGAAAAGUAUUGCUGAUGUGAAGGCUUCAAGACAGGUAUGCAUUUUUUGAUAUUGCCAAUCUUUAAACUUUAGAGAACCAGGUGGAUUCAAGCACGUGAGAAUGAUUGAUGGAUUUUCGAGAAUUUUAUUUGAGCCUCAGAAUAAGGUAAUAUAAUUUGAUUGUUCAAUAGACAUUAUAUUUAUGCUCACUUAUUUCUAUAUUUUUUUUAGGAUUCCAUACUAUGACUACUGAAGAAAAGAAUCUUGGAUGAGCUGAGCUGGUUGCGAACUAAGUUAUAAUGGUGUCGUUUAAUUAUGUUUUGUUGCUUUCAAUUAUGAUUUUUUGCUUUCAUAUUUGGUGUUUCUCCUUAUAUUAUCUUUGAAUUUAAAACUUGGAGUUAUAAUAUCUUUUUCCCCAGA